UCUGUCACGUCAAGUUUGUAAUGAACUAUUUUCGAAAGUCUCAACCAAUUUUGUUUAAAAUUUUAAAUAUCCCGUACCAUACAGUUUUCGGAGAGAUAUUUUUAUUAUUUAAAUGUCUAACUAUCAAGAAAUUGUAAACUUAAACAUCGGUGGUACAAGAUUUUCGACGUCGUGGCACACUUUAACAUGGGUUCCGGAUACAUUUUUCACGGCCCUCCUGAGUGGUCGGAUACCCACGGUGCGGGAUGAAACUGGAGCCAUAUUUAUUGACAGGGAUCCAAAUCUAUUCGGUCUAAUUUUAAAUUUCUUAAGGACGAGAGACAUAGACCUUACUAAUGUAAACAUAAGAUCACUUAGACAUGAGUGUGACUAUUUUGGUAUCACUCCACUGAGCAGGAGGCUUGCUCUGUGCGAUGAAAUGAACCAUUCAUCUUGCGGGGAUGUGCUGUUUUACGGAUAUCUUCCACCACCAUUGAAUGGUCCACUACCAAACAGUAGUGGAAGAAAUGGCAGCAAUGUUUCAAGAAAAAAUUCAACAGCCUCAAAUACAGAUGUAGCAGCUAAUCGGACACAUUCUAGAAAUUCCUCUUUGGACCUCCGCACAGUUGGCAGGAUACCCUCACAGGACCAGUUGAGUCGAUGCGGCAGGGGUCAUUCAAGAGCUGCUUCACUGGGCAAUACAGACAGUCACAAAGGAUUACGUCCACCUGAAACUAAUACCUGGCAGGAGAAUAUGAAAGUACAAAUAAUAAAAGCACAUCACAACUGGGUGGCUGUUGCGUACACACACUUUGUGACUGGUUACAGAUUAACAGACUCCUGUGGUUGGUACGUAGUAUUUCAAUCGCCAGUACAAGACUCUGUAAUAGAGAGAAUAGCUUUAAACGCUAAAACUGGUGGUUCAGCGACAUCUAGCGGAAAUAACACAACGGGCACCGACGUAAUGCUGGGCAUUGCCAGUGGACCCCUCGUCAGAUUAUGGGCAUUCUCCACACAUAGUGAACCGGUUCGACGAACUUUAAUAGGUACAUUCAAUUUGGGUGUUCGCGUAGAACAUCUGCUAUUCGUAGGUCCACAACUAGUGGCGCUAAGCGGCGCUGGAAGCCGAAGCAAAGCUGGAGUAUGGCAUACGAGCACCCAGCACUGGCAAACGCAAGACGUUGCUCAUCUCACAACUUACGAUACAGCCGGCUCAUUCCUGUUGCUUGGUACUGCAACAGGUGCUAUUAAUUAUAUAGACAUGCAAAAGUUUCCUCUUAGAAUGAAAGACAAUGAUCUCCUCGUAACGCAGCUGUAUAAGGACCCCAACCAAGAACCAAUCACAGCAAUUUCCGUGUAUCUCACGCCAAAAACAAAUUUAUGCGGUAACUGGAUAGAAAUAGCGUACGGGACAAGGUAUGGCUCGGUACGCGUUAUCGUGCAACAUCCAGAGACUGUCGGCCACGGUCCCCAACUGUUCCAAACAUUCACCGUUCAUCAGAGUCCAGUUACUAAGGUAUCUCUAUCAGAGAACUACUUAAUAUCGGUGUGCAGCGAAUACAAUCACGUGAGGUCGUGGCGAGUGACCCGCUUUAGAGGAAUGAUCUCAACUCAGCCCGGAACAACGCCCAAGGCAGCUUUCAAGGUUUUAGCUUUAGAAGCACCAACUGCUCAACCGCAUAAUGACUGUGGUCCAUACGGGGAGCAGGACGAAGAACAGAUAUUUAUCCAAAAAGUUGUGCCCGAUACGGAUACAUUGUACGUUAGACUGGCUUCGAAUGGGAAAAGAGUAUGCACGAUCCGAUCAGUGGACGGCUCUGCGGUAUCGUGCUUCGUGGUAGCGGAGUGCGAGGGAGCACUGAGGCCGCGUAGGCUGUUGCUAUGCGGGCACAGGUCCGGCGCGACGCAGAUGUGGGACCUCACCGGGCCCAUAGACAAGGCAGCUAAGACGUUGCAGGCCGUCGCCAGCGCCACCACUAGUAGUGGCAAUGGUGGUGGUGAAGGUGAAGAAUCUCCCGUACCAGACGGCGGUCCGACUCCCGACGAGCUGGUACGCUUAUUGACCGCGUGCGACCUGGACGCAACGCCCGCACCCGUUGUCGUACCACAGUCACCAAAUCGUCCCAUACAGCCGUGAAGCUCGGCCCUAUGCGACAUUGCACUGCGACUGUACUCACUAGUUGUAGAUUAAACGAAUUUAUUGCUGUAUGUAUCGGUACGCGUCGUUAGUACUCAUAACAUAGGUCACUGACCACUGACAAUAAAGCAUGGUUUAUACGUAAUCAAGGCUGGCGCCAUUUUAAAAGACAAGCCACAAUUGGCCCUUUUUACACGCGGCCAGUAAUUCCUGCAUUUUCUGCUGGUGUACACAGGUUUGACGUAGGCAGAAAACAAAUUUGCGAUAAAUGCACUACGGAUACGCGUCAGUUACUGGCGCGAAGCGUGUACGUGUACGCAAAACUGGGGUUGAAUCUAUGAAAGCGGGGUCACUGGUUUAAAAAAUGGUCCGGUGCUUUACUCCCGCCAGGUUUGACUAAGCUCUACAAACAGCUGUCUUCGUUAAAUUUGACUCACUGAACUGCCAAAUUACAGCUUAAAUUUCGCCCCCAUUUGAAGCGCUCUCUUCGGAACUAAUAAGUGUUUUAGCUAAUCUAAUUUUAGUUCCUUGGACACUCGUAUUACAGCGCCAGAAUGGCGUCAAUCAAAUCAAAACAAAAACAAAGUGACAGUAUCCUGUCCAGUGGUAAUAAUACAGUUCUGUGACAUCAUCAAAACUUUUCUUCGACGUUCGUAUUAAGGUCGAACGCACUGCCGUGAAACUGCGUGGACAUUCAUGCCUGCGAAAUUCAUGCCCGUUCGAAAGCAAUGAUGAGGUCUAGUUAGGAGCACGCUUGCCUAGAAAUAGCAUAUUCACUCUUGCCUUGAAGGUACUCAAAUUAUACGUGGCAGGAAACACAGUUGCCGAGAGGGCGUUCCACAUCCUAGCAGUACGUAUCAGAAACAAUAAUAAAAACGUAAUCCAACUUAGCAGUUGCGAAACCAUACUUUCAUACAUAUUGCCGCCCUAUAAUCUGCCAUUUUAUUGAAGAUGGUUUAUUACAGAGGAGCUAAGGAACAAAACCUCGGCAGUCCAAAUUUUAAAGUCUCUGAAUAAAGAGAUAAAAGAUAACAAAACUGCUUUACUCCUAUAGAAAAUAAAAUUGAUUGAUUCCUUAUAAGACUUAUUUUUUUUAAAUUGUACUGUUAAUUUCUGGCCUCAGGUUUACGAGUGGAGUUUAAGUAUCCGUGCUUACGACUCGUGCCGAUAUUUAUGAAUGCGAAAACUUUAACAGAAAUUAAAAAAAAGGAGGGCUUCAAUUUGAAAUGUAGAUAUGUUCUCAAUUUGAAAUGUAGAUAUGUUUUAAGAAAACUAAUACUGGACGGUAAAUGUUGCCAAAGAUAGUUUCAAUGAUAUCAAACGAUAAAAUGGGUGGACAGUUAUUAUCUUGGGGCACGCAUUUGAGUUUAGAACUCAAUGUGAAGCUGUUUUACGAAUAGUAAUAAAAAGUAAAACAGCGUCACAUUGUUGCAAAUUAUUCUUAUUAAUUGUAAAAUCAACUUAACAUCUAGGAACGGUAUGUUUGAAUUGUAUUAAGUGGCAUAUUAUCGUCAGCAUGAAACUUUAAUAGAACUGAAAUUUUAUAUAACUAAAUUUAAUAGUUAAAUAUUUGAAUUUAUCUAAAUGAUUGUUGUUGUGCCCAUGCAAUUUGUAGUUAUGAGCUCAAUUUAAACUUAAAUAUGUCAAUAUAAUAUUUGACACCGUCUAUAUUAACACUGCAAACGAUGAACGCUUCUUGAUGUCCGUGUACAGGAGUAGGUAUGAGUGAUGAUUUUUUUACUGAUAUUUUAAAAGUCUAAGUCAAAACAGGCCUAAAUUUCAUUAAGAUGAGUUAUAAAAAAAACAAACAUCAACACAUUAUUGCCUUUAAAACUUUUAGAAAUAAAAUGAAGCCUAUAUUAUGUUAAUUCAAGUAUAUCUCUAUCCCUUUCUUUCACAUCGGCAGUCUAUAGAAGUAUCAGUUCCUCCAUGUGGAAUACGACGAUAUUUAUGCCUGCCGUGCGAAACAUAAAACUUACGGUAUUAACGCGAGUUGGAAGCAAUUACAUAAUUUAUAUUCUAUUGCCUAGGUAAUAUGGUUGAAAUUUCAAUGAAGAUAUAUUUAUAUAAAAUAGAUUUUCUACGCUAGCAGAUAAAUUGUACUUUUGAAUAUUAAAGAUAUAAUUAAAUUUAACCAUGUUGUAAUUUAAAUGGGUUUCAAAAAGUUAAUUAUAUCUCCAAAUUUAAUAUAAAACUGGCCAAACAAUGUAAUUUUGUCAAGUUAUCCAUAAAAAAGGUAGGCAUCUCUACCCAGCCAACUAAAUGAAGUUUAAUAUUAUUAAAGUGCUGUAGUUUUUCUAACAGCUAUAUGUAGAAAAUUUUUCUAAAAAAUUUUUGGGUAUAUUAUAAAUAUUUUUAGUUAAUACGGCAACACACGUAUCUCGUGUUGUUGGUGGACGUCAAAGUAUAUUUCUAGUAAUUUUCAGUAAGAUAUCGUUUUAUUUUUCUUUAUCAUAUAAAUAAAGUUUCUUAAAAAUCAUGUGAAAUAUAAAUUUAAAUAAAUAGUUUGCAGAAUGUGUUACUUUUAAAUUAUAUUUUAUUCAUUGAGACUAUUUUUUGCAAGUGCAAAGGCAGUUAGUUAUUUUUGGCACAGGCAAAAAUAGUCCAAAUUUUGCAUGUAGUUGUGUACCGUAUGAAUAUUGGAGCAAGGUUGUUAGAAGCUCAUAAAAUUAACAUUUAUAUAUUAUAUCGUGUAGAUAUGACUGAAUUGACUAUUAGGUUUGAAUAUUGUAAUGUAUAAUAGCGAAUUAUUUUGUUAUUUCGAUGUUGCAUAGGUGUAAAAUAAAAUAUACAUAUUUGGCUCACGUAGUUAUUAAGCUCUUUAAUGUGUAUCAGCAUUACUGACUCUUCGCUUUUGAUGGGUCCACAGACAAAACGUCAAAGUGAAGACGUAGGACUUAGUUAAGCAAAAACAUUCAAAACAUAAUAACUCUAAUUGGAAUGUAAAAUAAGAAUAUUUAUUUAAAAAGAGGUAUAUCUAUCAUUCUCAAAGCUGAAGUGUCAAAAAGUUUUAAUAGCCACUCACUAGCCCGUAGUGGCUCCUGGGUACGUAAGGGUCCCAGUAAACGUAUGACUUAUGAAAAAUUGAUGGCCUUGACAAUGUAGUUACAUGCUAGUUAAGCACGGCGACCUUCCUGGCCCAUUGGGACACAAAUUGUGGUGUGAAUUAUGAGAUGAGUCUCCCUGUUCGAUAAUUUGAGGAUUCAUUAAAGUGUCGCCGAGUAAUUUAGCGUUUCGAGACCAUUGGCGCGUAAAAACCGAUGGGCAUGGGUUUAAUAUAACUGAUAAAUCCUUUACAUGUCAUAAUCGCUCACCACCAGGAAAUUGCAGUCGGGUAACUUGUAGUGGAAUAAAAAUAAUAGUGUGCUUUCCGCUAGAACGGCUGGGUAUGGAACAUUUUUUUCUCGUGACUAAUUUGUGGGCUUAUAACGUAUCUAACUACCUGUACAAAAUACUAUUUCAACACGUCUAUUUAAAGCAGCAUUAAAGCAGGUUACAAUAAAAGGAGGUUGGAACCUAUAAUAAGUAUAUUAAUUAAUUACAUAAAUGACUGCAGGCCAAAACAUUUUCGCUGAAGUAGUGGACUAGACACCUAAUCUCCAUUUUUUUACUUAAAAGUUAAGACUGUUUUCGCUUUACUACGCCCAACUAUUGUCAGACAUUUCUAAAUGUUCAGAUUUUACUAUAAAUAUUCAUAUAAUCUCAAAAUUAGACAUACAUUCUGAAUUAUUGGUGUUAAAAUGUUGCAUUUGCUCAUUUUGUCUAUUCUGUUUUGAAUCGAAUCUGUUAUUUGUGGCAAUCUGGUGUAGAUGUGUAAGUUUAUAUUAUAUAAUGAUAAUGUGAUGAAUUCUAUAAAAUAAAAAAAUAUA